AUGCUGUUAUUAUUACUGAUAUUUCAUAGUAUACAAGCUGAAUUUACACCACAUUUUCGCUCAUUUAUUCAUAACAAUUAUGGUGUUGCUAUCACUCAAGCAUUGGAACGUACUGAUUUGGGGAAUGAUUCAAGUUUUGGUGGUAAAGAAAGCAAUGAGGAUGAAUUAAAGAAUCAAGCUGUUGUAUUAAUUCAUGGUAGCGGUAAUAAAAUUUCACGAUUUCAGAGAAUGGUCAAACAUUUACUUACUAAAGGUUAUAAACGAUCCGAAAUUUAUGGUACAACAUGGGGUGAUGGUGGAUUAACAACAGUUGCACUAAUUGAUAUGAAAUGUUCUUAUGUUAAACAGAUUAGGAGUAUGAUAAUCGCUGUUCGUCAAUAUACUGGUACACGAGUUGAUGUGAUUGCAUAUGGGAUGGGUUCACCGUUAACACGUAAAGCAAUCCUUGGUGGUGAUUGUGUUGAUACUCGUGAAAUUCUUGGUCCACCACUUACCGAAUUAAUUGACACAUAUUUGAGUGUUGCUGGUGCCAACUACGGUAUAAUAUCAUGUUUUAUACCGAUACCGGUAGGUGCGUGCAAUCGUAGAACUGGUUUGCAUUGUCGAUCAACAUUUUUACGAGAUAUUAAUGGACAAACUCGAUAUGAAGGCAUUUUUGUCUUUAGCAUUUUCUCGGAUUCUGAUGAAAGGAUUGGUUAUCGUGGUUGCGGUACGCUAUUGAGUCCGAUCAGAGGUGAAACUGGAUUUGUAAAAAAGGAAUUUUUAAGUCAUGAUCUUACCAUUGAUACGACUUAUGAAAUGCAACGGAAUUUCAUUCAAAAGCAACGACCAUUCUGA